AUCAACCCCACGUUGAACGAACCAAUAAUGGCGGGCUCAUCAUCCACAAUCGCAGUUCUCCAAACAAAUUCAAUCCCCAAAAGCUUCUCCCACGACAAAUCUUCUGAACUGCACCAAACCAAGAGAAGGAGCUUCACCGCGAGAAUCCGGCACUCGACUUCCCCGAGAAUCGGAGUACAUUUCGGCCGACGUAAUCCGACGAAGCUGUCGGCGGGGCUGACGGAGAUAGAACCUGACCUUAACGAAGAUCCGAGGGACGUUUGGGCGACCAAUGGAAUCGAUGCGGAGGAUUUUGUGUACGGGAUUUACGACGGGCAUCAUACCUUCUUCGAAAGCGACGAUAAAGCGUCGUUUUGGGAAUUGGUUUCUAAAGACUACUGGGCAGUCGGACCUCCCACAGGAUUUCAGGGUGUCAUGUCAUGGCUAUUCCCCCCUGCAAUUGCGGCCGGGAUGUAUUUCAAUGCGCCGGGAGAGUAUUUGUACAUCGGCGCAGCUGUGUUUACGGUGAUUUUCUGUGCGAUUGAGAUGAACAAGCCGAGCGAGCCGCACAACUUUGAGCCGGAAAUAUACAACAUGGAGCGAGGGGCUCGCGACAAGUUGAUCGCGGAUUAUAACACGAUGGAUAAAUGGGAAUUCAACGAGAAGUAUGGAGACGUGUGGGAUUUCACCGUUCAGAAGGAUGACAUUGCAAAGAGAUAAAAGUAUCUAUACAUGUAUAUGUAUAUGUAUGUAUAGGUUUGUGUAUGCUAAAUUUUUAUAUAGAAAUGUUUCUUGAUAAAUCCAAAAGCCAAAAUGGUAAGUUGAAUCGUUA